AUGGCAGCCCCUCACGACGCCCCCUGCCUGUCGGAGCUCCCCAACAGGAACCUCAGCCUCGCCGGCGGCGGCCGGCCCUGCGACCGGAGCGCGGGCCGGACCUCGCCGUACACGCCGCAAGCCACCGCCGCCUUCGCCUUCGCCAUCACCUCCAUGAUGGUCUUCACCAUCGUCGGGAACAUCCUCGUCAUCAUCGCCGUGCUGACCACCCGGUCCCUGAAGGGGCCCCAGAACCUCUUCCUGGUGUCGCUGGCGGCGGCCGAUAUUUUGGUGGCGACGCUCGUCAUCCCGUUCUCGCUGGCCAACGAGCUGCAGGGCUACUGGGCCUUCGGCGCCGUGUGGUGCGAGAUCUACCUGGCGCUGGACGUCCUCUUCUGCACCUCCUCCAUCGUGCACCUGUGCGCCAUCGCGCUGGACCGCUACCUGUCCAUCUCUCGGCCCGUCUCCUACGGCGCCAGGCGCACCCCCGCGCGCAUCAAGGCGGCCAUCGUCGUGGUCUGGCUGAUCUCCGCGGUCAUCUCCUUCCCGCCUCUCCUCACGCUGGACAAGAGCGAGGGCGGCGAGGAGGCGUGCGAGCUGAACAAUGAGCGCUGGUACAUCCUCUACUCCACCAUCGGGUCCUUCUUCGCCCCGUGCGUGAUCAUGAUCCUGGUGUACGUGAAGAUCUAUCGGAUCGCCAAGCAGCUCACGCGGCGCCCGACCGGACGGAAGCAGGAGGCGGCGGAAGGCGGCGAAGCCAGCGCGGGAACCGCCGAGCCUCCGGCGAAGUUACCCGAGCGGUCGCAGCAGAAUGGGGGUCGACGGGGUCGAGGGGGUCGAGGGGGUGCGGCGGCCGGCCGACGAGAAGAAGUCCCUCAAGACAUGUCCCCGACGUCCCCUCAAGACCGUCCCGGGAGCCGGGACCCCGAUGAGUCGGUCCAAACCCCCUCAGCGGUUCCCCAUAAAGAGCCCCGGACACACCGCGAUGAGGAGGAGGAGGAGGAGGAGGCGCUCCCCGACAACUCUUCCAGCUUCGGCUCCGAACUGGGCGAGAAAGGUAAAGACGAGACGAACGCGGCCGCCGAUCGACGGUCGGGCGUGUCCCGGCGCAGAGCGUUCGGAGGCCAGAUGCUGAACCGGGCCUACAAGAAGACCAUGGCCACGGCGUCCGGCACCAAGCUGGUCCCCGAGGAGGCGGCGAGCAUUCAGGGGAUGCCCUCGUCCCGCCGCAAGGCCAUGGCCAACCGGGAGAAGAGGUUCACCUUCGUGCUGGCGGUGGUGAUGGGCGGGUUUGUGAUCUGCUGGUUCCCCUUCUUCUUCUCUUACUCUCUUCAGGCGGUUUGCCCCGAGACCUGCAGCAUCCCCAACCCCCUCUUCAAGUUCUUCUUCUGGAUCGGAUAUGGCAACUCCUGCCUCAACCCGGUCAUCUACACCGUCUUCAACCACGACUUCAGGAAGGCAUUCAAGAGGAUACUGUGCAGGGACACCAAGGGCACCUUCUUCUAGAGGACCUUCUUCAAGGGGACCUUCUUUUAGAGGACCUUCUUCAAGGGCACCUUCUUCUAGAGGACCUUCUUCAAGGGGACC